GAAUUCUCUUCUUUCCACAGAGAUUUGAGCAAUAAUCACAUAUCAAGCCUGGAGGCGGGGAUGUUUGUGAAUCUAACACAACUCCGACGCCUCGAUUUAACGCACAACUCAAUGAGACUGAUAGACGAGACAGUAUUCGGUGAGAUGCCAAAAUUGGAAGACUUAAAAUUGGCGCAAAACCUCAUUGCGCACAUCUAUCAGGGCUCCUUCGACAGGAUGCCCUCGCUGCGAUUGUUGGACAUAUCAAUGAAUCCCCUUGUUUGCGAUUGCAACCUCCUCUGGCUCAAUCCAUGGAGUGCCAAUAAUUCCGUAAAGCUGCAGAAGCAGCCAAAGUGCGAGAGUACCGGGACGUUCAAGGGGACCCCCAUAAAGAAGCUCAAAAUUGGUCAAGAUCUUCACUGUGAGAGUCAACUGCAGACGCAUCUUGAGCUUCUGCCCGAUCACGAUCAGAUUCUCUUUGAGGGGGAUGCUCUCAGUAUCCGUUGUCGUGCUCCCAGGGUUGCUGUGGGGGCGAAAAUGGACUCAGAGGAUCUCCCCCCGGGGGCGCAUGUCUUCUGGGGCUGGUCAAAUGUAAUCCUCGCGCCGAAUUCCACGGAAAAUAUCACCUUUGUGGAGCCAAUUCAGCAAUUUGCAGCCACAAUUCAGAUAACGGAGAAUCAAAUUGCCGACCGGGGGCUACUGAAUUCAAUCCUGAGGAUUCCCAGUGUAGGGAGGAAUCACACAGGGAUGUGGAAUUGCCGACUACGGUCGGAACAGGCUAAUUUCUCCCGGAGUAUUGCCGUGUGGGUGAUUCACAAUGAAACUUCGUACUGCCCAUCGCAGGAGAUGGCUGACAAUAAGGGACACUACUCCUGGCCACGUACCAUCCGGGGGACACUUGUCAGUGUUCCCUGUGCUGGGGAUGGGCCCCCACACGUCCACGCCGUGGGGCGAUGCAAUGAAACGGGACAAUGGGAGAAUCUCGAUACGUCUGCUUGUCCCUUCAUCCGGGAGACAACACGAAUCCUCGAUCAAUUUGCCAAGGUCAAUCUGACCAUUGUGCGUGUCCUGGAGAGUGCUGAACGCCUCCGGAACUACACAGCCCUUCCGGGGAAUGCAACAGUUCAACUGAAAUUCCGUGAUCCCAUCGAUGUGAGCUUCAUUGCCAAAACAGUGGAUAACUACAUUGAUUUCCUCACAGUGGAAGCUGAUCUGGGCCCCAUGGUGUUGGACAUUGUCUCCCAGUGCAUGCAAAUCCCAGCUGUUUUGCUGCAAAUGGGCCAGCAACGCGAUGGGGCGUGCAAUAAACUCGUGAGAGCUGCGGAGGCAGCUGCAGAGAAUACCCCAUCAGUGCUGGCGAAGAAGGACAACCUGGCCAUGGAGGAGUUCAAGAUACGCCCGCAGAGCUUCUCCGGGAAGACUUGCGUGUGGUUCAAGGCAGCCACGGAGCGGAGGACACUUCAGUGCAAUAUUGGGAAUCAAGCACAGAGUAUUGGGUUCUACGAUAAGCACAUUGAUGCCUCAAUCCAAUUCCCGGCAUCACUCUUUGCGCAUCUCUCAGCUGCUAGUAGUACAUCAACGCAGAAACUCCUUGUCUCGGUAUUCCAGAAUAGCAACCUUUUCCCGCAGAAUCGUUCCCAUGGCACGUACAGGAUCACUUCGUGCGUGAUUGGAGCGAAGGUGACGAGUUCCAGCAAUAGGAUGCGUGAGAAUCUCACAGAGCCCAUCUUUAUCAUCCUCCGGGCGCAGCCAUUUCAUCAUGAAUUGAGCGCCCCGAAGCCCGUUUGGUGGGAUCCGGAACUCAAUGGGGGCCUCGGGGAUUGGUCUUCGCAGGGGUGCCUCUUCUCGCACAUGCUCCAGGGAAUGCUGGUGUUUGCGUGCACAAAACUCGGCUACUACGGAUUGAUUCAGCACACAAAGUACCUCAAUGAUUCACCAGAUGAGAAUUCCGGAGCACGCUUCCGGUACUGUCCGGUUGCGGUGUAUGUGGGCAGUUUGGUGCUGUUUAUCUGCCUGUGGGUGAACAUUAGCACGUACACGGUGUUCGGGAAGACGAUACAAAUGGCCAGGAAGGCUAAACAUGCUCUGGUUAAUACGUGGCUGACGCUCUCUCUGCUUCUGCUUGUCUUCAACGUGGGCAUCUAUCAGACGGACAAUAGUCGUAUUUGUCAGACUUUUGGCAUGUUGACGCAGUACCUGAGCCUGGCUGUCCUGUUCUGGAUGUGUGUGUCCGUGAGUAACUUCCUGAAGCGCAUGAAGAGGCUGGAGAAGCGUCCGAAUGUCCUGCAAGCGGAUGAUUUGCCAAAGGAGGACAUUGGUGGGAGGAAACCCAUCCUGGGGAUUUACCUUGUGGGCUAUGGGAUUGCCGUGAUCAUCUGCGGGAUUGGGGGUGCCGUGAAUAUCCGGGAGUAUGCUUCCUACUCGUAUUGCUUCAUGAAAUCCAGUCCAGCUCUCAGUGCGGUCUUUGUGCCAGCAGCCAUCGUCAUUAGUUUCCUCUGUUUGCUCUUUGUGUGCAUCAAAUGCAAUUUGCGGGAUCGUGACAUCAAUGGGCACAUGAGUGAGGGCACCCAGGGCACGGAGAACGUGGAUUUGGAUCUCCUGGAACCGAAUACAGUGACGGGAAAUCACUACCAGAGCAUCUCCAUCAGCACGCCAACGACAAGCACGCAGGAUGAUCAGGAGCACAGCCACAGUACGCAACUCAAUGCAUUUGUCAUCACGCUCAUUCUCUACCUUAUCACGUGGCUCUUUGCCGGUCUAACCGUAUCCACGCCCUUUGCGGAGCGUAUUCAGUACGAGGAGGAAGCCUUCAGUGUCAUUUACGCCAUCAUGGCCACAGUUCUGGGAUGCUUCACAGUCUUCUUCUACGGCAUUGCACGCAGUGACAUCCGGAAGCAGUGGAAUGUGAUGCGUUGCUCCCGUGUACGCAAUCGCUUCACGCAGAACUUCUCCGGAGAACCAAAAGAGCUCAAUGGGGGCGUUGUGACCUUCCGGCAAGUUGCAGCAACGGCUGCAGCUCACUCCGUUUCCCGAUCAAAUAGUCAGAGCUCCAAAAGUCGCCCCAAUAGCACAAUGCUCAAGGCAGCAGCAGCAGAUCUCAAUUCGCACACACUGACACGACGCAAUGGGAGCCCGAGUGGUGCCAAAGUAGCCAAUAUGAACCUCGUCCUGCUCCAUCGGCAGCAAUUUGUCCACAAUCCCGUCAUUAUAAAUGAGGAAGUUCACGCAGCGGAUGUUUUCUACAAUCCCAAUCAAAGCAAUGUGGCCAGGAAGUUUUUCCGGAAGCAGAAGCGUUUGGCGAAGCAGAAUAACAUUGAGAUACAGAGGAGGGAUUUUAGUGGGGAUGGUGGCAAUAGUGAGGUUGGUACGUCAAUGAUUACCUUCCCAAAGCCACCAACAACGCGCCCACCCACGGAAAUGUCGAUGUUUAGCUCCGGGAGUAAAGUUAACAACAUUAACAUACACGUUGAUCGAAGAGUGGAAUGUGGCAAGGAGCAACGACACAACAAUCCCAACAUCCUCUCGGACAGUUGCAAUGAAGAAAGUGACGCAGAUCGCCUCGUGGUGGGGGCAGAGAGUCUACGUGCCAUUGCAGCACAACGCUCAAAGAUUACAAAUAGAGAUAGUGGCGUUGUGGCGAAUAUUUACACGAAUGUCCAGGAAACGGGGACGCCUCAGCAUGAGACGGUGACAAUGAGAGCAGAAGAGAGGUACAAGAAAUCCCUCAAUACGGACGACGAUGACGAUGAUGAGGAGAAUAUGAGUUCAGACAAUGAUCCGCACUACGUCAAUCAAUCCUUCGACGGGCAGUAUCCGUUUAAGAGUAUCAAAGAGGAGGAGAGAUCUCCGGAUGUGGAUCAGAUUGUUACAGCUCAUCCACCCACAUGCUUAGAACUAAGAUCAACAAACGAUGCAGAAGGGUUCGUACUGUCGCUCAAUAGCCCAAUCUUGGCAAUGAAUACCGUUGGACUGCCAAUUGUAACGUCGCCAAGUGAGCAGGAAAUCAAGGAAGAGUCCUGUGAGACAGUGGAUGCAGAAGGCUGCCCUUCAGCUCUGGAUCUGCGUUCGGAGGAAGUUCUGCUGCGACAGAUGCAGUCAAAAUCAAUGGAGGACAUGAGUAGAUCAUUCACAGCGCGGGAAACAAGAGCUCGUUCAAUCUCCUUCAAUAACGUCGCCCUCCUGCCGGAUAUGUUGCUGUCGCCGAUGAAGACGAGCAGCAGCCCCGUGCUCUUCUCACCCAGUCUGUGUGACAUCGAUGACUACCACGCGCAGCCUUCGACGUCGUACGACAUGGAUGCUGGGUUGAUCUUCAACCCGCCGCUCUCGGCCAUUGCGCGACACUUCACAUCCAGCCCAACGAGUGAGAGUGACAUCAACUACCAGCAUUCGGAGAUCAGCAUCCGCAGCCAUGGGCUGUAUGCUCCCCAGCCGCCGGACAAUGAUCUCACACUGGCCGGCGAAGAGGGGCUCACAUUUGCCUAUCAAGCGUCGGAAGUGAGUGAUGUGGAGGAUGAGGAUGAUGGGCAGGAUGUGCACGAUUAUCUCCUCGGUGAGGAUUCACGAGAUGAGCGUGAACUCAUCGAUAGUCAAACGUCAAUUGAUGAGCUCUAUCAGCGCAUCAAGAGACGCAGCAAUCAGCAACACUUCCUGCGGCAACAGGAAGAGGUCAGCAGUCAGGGUAGCAGUGUUGUCCUGCCCAAUGAAUAGAAAAGAAUAAGAAUUCAGUGCAAAUCGCUUCGGUGGAAUUUUGUGCAUUCUGUGGCGAGAUUGUUUUUUCUUCUUUGUGCGCCCGUGUGCUUCUGUGAAGUGAAUGGGGGCGCGCUCCCAACAAAUAAAAAAUAAAUAAAACAAAGGACUUCCGUGUGUGCUUCAGUGGCAAAAAUAUGAGGACUAAUUGAGAUUAUUUUUAAGGCAUUUAAGCGCAUCUUUUGAGAAUCUUUUCAUACAGACACCCUCAUUUAUUUUUUAAAUUUAAUUUAUUGCGAGAUAAUCUUUUUACAAAAUAUUGUGAGCAUUUCUUGCGUGACCUAUUGGGGUCAGGUGUUCGUGCAAAAUAUGCAAAAAAAAUCUGUUUUAUGGAAAGCAUUUUUUCUACAACGAAUAAAAAUUGUAGUGUUAAAGGAAAA